AAUUAAUAUUUUAUUAUUAAUAUAAUUAGUAUGUAAUAUAGAAUUAAAAAGCUGUACCCUAUUGUUUUUGGAACAUGUGUGAAUAUGCUUAUUUGCAUAAUUAAUAUUUCACUUAUCAGGUAAUUUCAUGACUAGUUACCUACUAUACUUAAACUAAAAUUUGGUAAGUCGAAUUGGUUUCAAACUUUGCACAAUGCAAUAUGGUGAUAAGGCAACAGUCUUUUCUUUUUGGUAUGUGCUUGAAUAUGCUGAUUGCUCAUUUGCAUAAUUAAUAUUUCAUUGAUCCUGAAAUUUUUGAAAAUUUGGUAAGUCUGAUUAUUUCAAAGUUCACGGAAUGCAAGAUGGUAAUGAGAAGACAGAGCCUAUUGUUUUUGAAAACUCACAGCAAUCACUAUGGAUUACAACCAAGGAAUUUCUGACGAGGAAUUUAGAGGUAUAUUAUCAUCACUGUCAGGAUGGUAUGAUCGCCAUGGAUACCUCAAUAUGCUAAAGCUUUUGUACCAAGGUCUUGUAACAGAACCAGAUAAACUAUAUGCUGCCACCAACGUGAUUGAAGUGUUUGAAUUAUUAUGUACAUGUAGAUGUCUGAGUUCCGCAGAUCUUACCGUUCUCUACGAUACUAUCAAUGUAACCCAGCCAUUUGGUUUAGAACCAGAAAUAAGAAAGUUUUCUAUGGUAAAGCUGUUGGAUAUUAGGACAGUCAGCAUAUCUAAAUUUACAUGUAACAGGCAAAUUCUUAUGAAGGUUGUUAAAUGUCUCAGUGACCAUGAAGUUGUCAGGAUCUCACAACUCUACAGUUGUCAACAGCCAUGUAACAGAUGGGAAUUAUUUGUGGAUUUGGAACAAAGAAGCGAGUUUUCCGAAGAAAACUUGGAUAACUUUAUGAGAAAUUUAACAACAGAUCUUAUUAUAGAUUCAAAUAAAGACCCUCUAGGGCUAAGGCAGCCUGGUAACAUGGACAGUGCUACAAGGGAAGCUAACACAAGAACAUCUACAGAUGUUCCAUCCAAUCACCAUAUACUAUUUGAUGAGCCUUCCAAUAAAAGUAUACAAGCAGAUGACAAACAAGAGCUGAUGGAGUGUGGUGAUGAAGAUGUUGGUACAAGAGUAACUAUCCCAGAAGAAAUAUUGGUGACUGGUGAUUUAGAUGUUGGUACAAGAGAUGCUGGCCCAGAAGAGCUGACAGUGACUGGUGAUCUAGAUUUUGGUACAAAAGAAGCUGACGUAGGGAAGUUGAUGGAGACUGGUGAUGAAGAUGUUGGUACAAGAGAAGCUGGCCAAAAAAAGCUAAUGGUGACUGGUGAUGCAGAUGUUUGGGCAAAAGAAGCUGGCCAAGGGAAGCUGAUGGAAACUGGUGAUGCAGAUGUUGGGGCAAAAGAAGCUGGCCAAGGGAAGCUGAUGGAGACUGGUGAUGCAGAUGUUGGGGCAAAAGAAUCUGGCCAAGAGAAGCUAAUGGAGACUGGUGAUGCAGAUGUUGGGGCAAAAGAAUGUGGCCAAGGGAAGCUCAUGGAGACUGGUGAUGCAGAUGUUGGGGCGAAAGAAGCUGGCCAAGGGAAGCUGAUGGAGACUGGUGCUGCAGAUGUUGGGGCAAAAGAAUGUGGCCAAGAGAAGCAGAUGGAGACUGGUGAUGCAGAUGUUGGGGCAAGAGUAGAUAAUGUUUGUAAUUUUACCACUAUGGUUGUUAAUCAAGGUUCUGUAACCAUCAGUGGAAGUAAUAUUGGAUGUAUUUAUAGUGUUGUAAACCUGACUCAAGUUCCAAGUAACCAAGAAGCAUCAGCUACUUAUGAUGAGGUUAUCAGAAAAUACUUGCAAGAGAGGCAACAGGGUUUGCUUAGUAAAGCACACCUGCUGACGCCACCAACAUGGAACUCAGAAUUUCAAAUUGAUCUCAAUCACCUAUUUACUGAUCUAGUCCUACUUAAAAACAACAGGAAAGACAAAGACAAGGAGAAAAAGCAAUGUACCCUGAAAGAAUUUCUUGACGUUGUCAGAACAUAUGAUUCCUGCAAAAUCCUUGUUGAGGGAGAUGGUGGCAUGGGUAAGACAACCCUUCUGAAACAUAUUGCUUAUCAUUCGACUAUUCAACAAAAUGAUGAAACUUUCAAUGAAAAAGUAGUGUUUUUUAUAAAUGUCAGAGAUAUAGAGGCUGGUGAAGACAUCUUAGAUGCUAUAAUAAAACAAAUUAAUCUUAAAGAUUUCAAUCGUAAAACUAAGUUAAAACUGAAAGAUAAAGAUGUAAUUCAAGAUUUUAUUUUGGAUCAUGAUCAUGAGAUAGUACUUUUAUUAGAUGGAUAUGAUGAGUUAGAAGCUAGUACAGAAGAUCCAAUAAUCAAUAUAUUCAAAAAUGUUAAUUUGAAGCAAUGCAAAGUUAUACUAACAUCCCGAUCUGGAAAGCUAGCAGAGUUUAUAAAGUCAUGUGAUGUACACGUUAUGGUUAAAGGAUUUGAUCAAACAAAUAGCAAACAAUUUAUCAAACGAUUUUUUUCUUUGCAAAGUAAAAAGUCUCUAGGAAAGUCAUUGACAAGAAAAAUAUUUAACAUUUUUCCUGUAAGUGAAGAAGAGUAUGAUAAUUAUUAUUCAUGGCUAUUUGAAAUGUGUAGGUCUCCAAUGCUACUCCUACUUAUUUGCAUUAUGUGGAGAGACAAGCAAUGUCUUCCAGACAACAACACUGACCUAUUUAAAGAAAUUUUCAAAUGCAUUUUAAAUCAGUUCACAAGAAAUAGUGAUGAUGAAGAGAAAGUUUGUGAAUUAUCAGAUAUCUCAAGCAAGUUUAAAAAUGCAAUGCUAUUGCUGGGUGAGUGCAUAUAUAAGAAUCUAAAACAGAACAAGCUAUCUAUAGCAAAAAAGGAGUUGAAAGCAUCAAAGGAUGAAAUAGAGUUUGCACUGAAACUUGGAUUUGUUUACGAAGACUCACCUAUUAGUGAACAUCAUUUUAAAAAGUUUUAUACAACAUCACACAAGUUGUUAUCAGAAGCAUUAGCAGGUUUUUACUUGUGUAAUGCAAGUCAGCAAUGUAGUUUCAACAAUGAGGAAUGGGAAGAAAUGAGAUGUAAUACAUAUUUACAUAACACACGUGUGUUUGCAAUAGGAUUUCUCGGUAAAGAUGCUUAUAAGUUGCUAAAACACUGGGUUACAAUGAAAGACACAAGUUUUUGGAAUUUAGCAAAAUAUUUUGAGCAUGUUAAAAAUGAAGAUAAAGAGAAAGUACUAAUGCUGUUGGAUGAACAUUUAAAUCACAUUUUUGAAACAAGAACUCUUACCACUUUGAAUAAAUCUCUAAGGCAAUUUAUUGCUUAUUGCUCUAGUGGGAGUAAGAAAACCUCUAACAAUUGGAAUCGGUACAGUAGUGUUUUGACUAAAUAUCCAAGACAGCGUUUUGCUUACCAUUCAAAAGCUGGACCUGAUGGAAAUGACCAUUUCAUUAAAUCAAUUAUUGAAAUAAAUAACAGACAAAUAAAUAUUUAUGAUAUUGUAGAUUGGAUUCAGUCAUUAUCUAGUGCAGAAGAAAAAAAUCUAGGAAGGAUGGUGGUCCAUGCUUCAGUUGCUUUCUUGGACCAUUUUGGUAUAUUACAACGUGUUUUUGAUCUAUUUCCAGACUUAAUAUUAGUAGAGAGUAUUUUAAGUGAAUGCAAGAAGCUUAGAUUUGUGUUUAAAAUACAUGAGUUUAAACUUGUACGUAAACCAGUUGCUAAUGCAUCCUUUCUAAGUCUUCUCUUACAUUCACCAAAACUACGUACUCUUGAACUGAAAGACUGUAGUGUAACAGGAGCUUUAUUAAAAGAAGUAGUUGAUGAUUUAUGGCAAACAAGCAAAAGAGGGGUAUGUUUGUCAUUGACAGUGCUUAGGUUAAGCAAUAACAAUCUCAGUGAUGUAAGUGGACACACUCUUGCUCAGUUACUUGUACUAGCAUCUAAACUAUGGAUUAUUAAUUUUAACGAAUGCAGUAUGACCGGCUUCAUUGUAGAGAAGUUUUUAGUUGAAUGUAACAAGAUGAAUGCUGAUUUAAAAUGCUGUGUGGUGGAUUUAAGAGGCAACAACCUUUCUGAUAUGGAUGUUAUAAAAUUGUUAGAUGGACCACUAAAUGUGAACCAGCAUGUAUUUAAAUGGAGAGAUUAUUAUCUAUCUGCUGAUAAUCUGCAAUAUGUUUUACAAACAUGUCAUGAAUGAACACAUUUGAAUUCUACA